AUGGAAAAGGACUGCGGUUCUAUUUUGUGGGUAUUCUUCUCCAUUCCAGAAAAACCGCCCCUUCAGAGCAGGCACUCGCUAGACAGUGCCAAGGUCCAAGAUAAGGAGGCGGGGCCUUUGUGGAUCACGCUGGCACUGCAGAAGCAGAAAGGCUACAGGGAGCAGCAGCAGAACCGAGAGGAGCGCCGUAGUCAAAGAGAGGCCAAAUUGGCUGAAAAACAAGCAAAAGAGAAAGAAAGUGUUAUGUUAAAUAGCCCCACAGAUAGCAAAGGGAGUGGGAGCACGACUGUGGAGAAACCUCAGACACCAGAGGAGCCAAAAAGACCCGAUAGCCUGCUGGGACGGUUUGAACGCCGGGAACACCUGAAAAAAGCCAGCACCCUACCCAGCUCUGUUACUGUUGAAAUUUCUGACUCUACGCCAUCACCACCUGCUGUCAAAGAGGUGUCAAAACGUUUCCCCUCCAGUGACUCUUCGCAGGUGUCCACUGAGCCGGCCUGGCUGGCCCUGGCCAAGCGGAAGGCCAAAGCCUGGAGCGACUGUCCUCAGAUCAUCAAAUAACAGCCUGAGCAGCAGCCACCUGAGAUGUUACACUGCCCACCAGACUCUGACAGCAUCAACCCAUCCUCCCGAACUCCUAAUCUGACCGUUUACUCUCCGACUGUGAAACAAGUCCUCCUCAGGGGUAGACAUUAAAGAUUUGGUCCAUUACUUU